GUGAUUCUCACAAAGUUCCUAGAGAGUGCUCCAAAGCAAGAGCGGAUAGUACAGACAUUUCCCACAGGAAACGAUUCUGAUGAUGAUGAUGAUGAGUUUGAUCUUAUUGAGUUCAGUAGUACUGAUGAUGACAGUGAGAGCUCAGAGAGUUCAGUUGUCACA